UUGAUUAUCGCGAGAGAGGAGUCCGCUAGGUAACAUUGAAUAACUUGAGUGUCGGUUCUUCCGGUUCAGACUAUAAAUGAAAGCUGUGAUUCUCGCCGCCGGCUACGGAACCAGGCUCCAGAGGGAUGUGGUGGCCGACAGCAGUGGGAGGUUCGCUCACCUGGUCGGGACUGCCAAGCCGCUGCUGCCGGUGGGAGGGUGUGCCUUGAUCUCCCACUGGGUCCAUGCUCUGACCGCCUCUGACUGUGUGGACUGCAUCUAUGUUGUUGUAAGUAGCAGAACUAACGCUGUUUACCUUGCUGCUUUUGAAGAGUGGGCAUCACAUUUCACAAAUGUCAAGAUUCUCAGCGAUCAGACGAGAAGCAAUGAUGGGCGUCUUGGUGCUGUAGCCUGCCUGCAACUUGCAGUAAAGCACUUCAACAUAGAAGACCAUGUCCUCGUAAUUGGGGGUGACACCCUGUUCAAAGAGGAUUUUAGCCUCAGGGGAGUAAACGAGAGGUUUUCUGACCUCCAAGCAAAGUGUGAGGCCAGCUGCCUGGUGCUCUCGUACCAGUGCAGAGAGCAGGAAACUCGUAAAUACGGGAUAUUGGAAGUAGACGGCGAUCUCCGCGUCCUCUGUAUGAAGGAGAAACCUCUUCCUUCUGAGACGAAGUCGAGGAGAGCAUGUCCAUGUUUCUAUGUGUUUUCAAAGAAAAGCAUUCCUCUGUUGGACACCUUUCUGGAGGAAAAGAAGGAGGCUCCUAUUGAGGAGAAAGAUGCCCCAGGGAACUUUGUGUCUUGGCUCAUUGCGAGGUAAUGUCUGCUGGGAUCAGCAACGUAAUCCAAAUCAAUUUGUAAUCCUGCUUUGUGGCGACCAGCUGGUCCUCUUUUUCUUUUCAGCUUUUCCAUACAUGUAAAAUGAUGUACUCAGCUAAAACUAAUACUUUAAAAAUCAAUUUGUCAGUGUAUUUCUCAAUAAACUUUGUUUCUUCUUUUUUUUCCACUUUCAGAGAGCCAGUAUACAUUCAUCAGAUUUCGGGGCGUUUUGAUGUUGGAAACUUGCCGUCCUAUAUUGAAUGCGACCUUU